GUCAUUUCCAACACAUAAUGUAAAAGAUAAACAGAAGGAAUCACUAGGUAAUUGUAUAGUUUGCUCUGCGCGGACCUCAAAGUGAUCGACGUUCAGUGUAUUCGUGCGACACAUUCUCGAUUUUAACAGUAAAUAUAAAUAACUCAAACAAUAAAAAAAAAAUCAUUGGUCAAACAGUUACCAAAAUUUACUAAAGUCGGUUAGAUUCGACUCAUCAUUAAGUUUGAUUGAAUAUAUCAUUUGUUUUAUAUGGAUUAUGCUGAACACAUUAAAAAUAUUUUAUGUCGCAUAAACUGCACAACUACGUUUUAAGCAUCUUUUACGAACAAUGACAAAUAUAAUAGGUAUCUUUUUAUAUUGGUUUAGGCAAAUAGAUCAAAAUCUCGACGUUGCUUUUUUAUUUAGUUUGUUCUUUACCUCCUCCUUUAUCUUUUCUUCUUUUUCUUUUUCGUUUUAUAGUGAAACCCAUUACCAUUAGGGUAAACAAACAUCUGAUUAAUCCUUCCAUCUCAUAUUGUCUCCUCAUUAUUCUUCUCUUUCGUAAGACAACCUACAAAAGAAAAGUUGAAGCAGCAGCCAUUUUUGACUUUAGAAGCUUCAUUUUUUUCCUCUAUACUUUGACUUCAAAAUAUUCAUCAUUUUUUAUUCUUUUAACGCUCUUUUCAAAUCAUCAGGGUCUCUUUAUACUUUUCCCGGGCAUUGGCUCUUCAAUGAUACCAGAAGAAGGCAGGUUAAAAGAGAGAGAGAAAGCGUAGGGAGGUUAUGGCUAUUGAGGUUUCUUGUUCGGAGGCUCCUGGUUCUGGAACCAGCCCAAGAAACUCUUUUUCCUACGAUUUAGACUCUACAGACGGUGAAGUCAGAUUAGACUCAACACUUCUUGAUUCAGGUUCGGAGUUUGAUUUCUGCUUUGGCUCGAGUUGUUCUGUUCAAGAUGUGUCUCCAGCUGAUGAGCUCUUCUCCGAUGGCAAGAUUCUUCCCGUCCAGAUCAAGAAAGUAACCUUUCAGGUUCAAAGAUCAGCUUCGCUGUCAUCAUCAUCAUCAUCUUCUUCCUCCUUCUCUUCUUCAUCAUCGUUCGACAACCAGAACUCAGCACCAGAAAAGAAGAUCAUGAGACUCAAAGAGCUCCUGUUGAAUCCUGACUCUGAUUUCGAAGACAAGCCAAAGGGACUGUUCUUACAGUUCAAGAGAAGCAUAAGUCUCAACUACGACAAGAGCCGAAAUAGCAUCAGAUCGCUUCAUUUCCUGUCGCGAAGCAACUCCACAGGCUCUGCUGUGAACGCUAAACAUAACUUUCUCCCCAAGGAAUCUAGUAACCCUCACAAGACCCACAAUCUUCCCAAACAAACGUCUCUUAGAAGAUCAUCUUCGCUCUCAUCUUCACUCCCUUACAAGAAACAACCCGCCAAAAACAGCUUCGUUAACGGAAACGGUGGCAUUCGAGUAAGCCCGGUCUUAAAUUUCCCACCACCUGCGUUCAUCUCGAAUGUUGCCGACGGAUUUUUCAGCAUUGGGUCACUCUGUAAUGGUAACAUGAACAGGAAGACAAUAUUAUGAAAACAUCUUUUGUCUUUUGUGGCCUGAGAGGAGAGAAAAAUGUAAACAGAAAAUGUCUUUUCUUUUUCUUUUUACUGUUUGUUGUAUAAUGAUGGAAUAUCGACAGCACAUGUGAAGAUUAGACAUCAUGUGAGUUUUGUCUGCAUUUUCAAAAACCAAAAAUACACGAAUAGGAACGCCUCGUUUGAUUGGAUCUCAGGGGUAUUAGAGUAUUAUUAAAUGUAUCAUCUCGUGUAUAUUAAUCUAUCAAGAUAUAAGAUAAUAUGUGGUAAAGUAAGAAAGAUAAGAUGUAGUAAGUGAAUCGUGUGAACAAUGACUUUUUUAUGUCGCUCAUGAGGUCGUGAGAGCACACAAGAGCUGGGCUUGUCAGAUUCUGGUUCGUUAAUUUGACAAAAUUUCCAAGGGAUUCGGUUUCCAAGAGCUGGGCUUAUAUGUUAUUAUUUUUGUCAAUUAGUUAGAAAAACAAAGAAUGAGAUAUAACUAACAAUAAUGAUGUGAUUGUGAUGUAGUGACCAGACUAGUAUUUGUGUUAGUAGUUGUUUUUUUCUUACGUUUCUCAUUGAUUUAUUUUAUGUUGACAAAUUAGCUUGAUUUUUUUAUGACAUGGAUCAUCAAAUCGUAAAACCCCGACUAAUUUCGGAAGUUAGGAACAAGAAUCAGUUGUUUAAUCUUCUCCUAACGCUGAUCGACAAUACUAAACUUUUUGGUAAAAUCAAAUCCACAACUCAACCUCUCUAACUCAACUUCUUUCACCCUCACCACCUCGUUGUUGACAUCAAAUAAACUAGAUCAUCUUCAACUCUGUCCACAGGGCCACGACAGUGUCAGAGCAUAUAAAAAGUAGAAAAUUUCUAUUGAUCUACAGAAAUAAGAAAAUGUUCUAUCUUAUUAAAUAUUAUAUAAUCUAUUUGGUGUAAUCUAUCUAAGCUAUCCCAAUUAAGAUUAAGAUUUACAAAUUUGUAUACAUAUUCUUCUAUAUA